GCCAAGCCGCCCGCUGAGGGCUCCUCGGGCCCGGGUUGCCUCUCUCUCUCUCUCUCUUUCCUCCCGAGGCGAGCAUGUGGUUCUUCUCCCGGGACCCGAUCCGCGACUUCUCCUUCGAGCCGGUGACGCCGCCGGAGCCGCCGCGGCUGCUGCAACUGGGGGGAGUCUGGCAGCUGCACCGCGGGAGGAGGAAGGCCACAGGGGAGCAAGUGUCAUUGUUUGUGCAUGAUGUGAAACCCAAUUCCGAAGAACAGACGCAGCUUGCCAAGGCAGCUUUCAAAUACCUGAAGACGCUACGACACCCCAAUAUUCUGUCCUACAUUGACGGACUAGAGACAGAAAAAUGUUUGCAUGUGGUCACGGACCCUGUGAUGCCUCUGUCGGCCUACCUGGAAUCCAGGGACAAUGGGAAGACCCUGAGCGAGCUGGAAAUCUCAUGGGGACUUCAUCAGAUUGUGAAAGCCCUCAGCUUCCUGGUGAAUGACUGUCACCUCAUCCACAACAACGUGUGUACGUCUGCCAUCUUCAUUGAUCGCGCUGGCGAGUGGAAACUAGGAGGUUUGGAUUACACGUGCUCGGCUCAGGGGGACGUCGCUGUGACACGGAAGGGGGUCCCCGAAUUGGAAAAGUAUGACCCUCCCGAGUGGCUAGACAGUAGCAAAAGCACGGGAGAGAAAUG